AUGUACGGUUCCGGCUUUUUCUUAUCUAGGGUGGAGAAUCAUCUCGCUAGAAAGCCAAUCAGAUUUACCAAGAGACAACAGCAACAACAGCAACAACAGCAGCAACAGCAGCAACAGGACAGUACGUCCACAGCUUCUACAAAUGAAACUGCAUCCACUUUGGAGUCUUCUUCAACUACUACUGUACCAGAUAUCCUCAAAGACAAGAUUGCUGAAUUUGCGCCAGGAUAUUCAUUUUAUAUCAAUCCUGUUUUAUCAUCUGGACAUACUCAAACGGCAUACGCGGCCAUUCCCAAAUUUGAAAAGGUUCAUCAAAUUUACUACAAGAGGCAAAUUUUAACCAUUGAAGAUAAACCAUACACCUUACCUACUGGUGAGAAAUUAAAGUAUGACCAAUGGGAAGGAUUAUCAACCGUUGCGAUAGAUUAUGCAUUUAAUGAAGCUAAUUUCCAACACGAUGCAAAUCAUUUACAGUAUAAACCAGUGAACCAAAGCGAUAAACUACCACCCAGAACUGAGUUUAAGAAUCCCGAACAAGAAUUCAUUACUGAUUCAGAUGAAAAGCCUUUGGUUAUCGUGUUACAUGGAUUAUCAGGUGGAUCCUACGAGGCUUAUGUUCGAGCAGUUUUGGAGCAAGCAGUUGAAGAUCCAUACGACUUCGAUGCCAUAGUGUUGAAUUCACGUGGAUGUGCAUGGCACACAAUAACCAGUCCUCAAUUAUACAAUGGGUUAUGGACCAAUGAUUUGCGUUAUUUGAUCAACGAGUUUGUGCUCAAGAAAUGGCCCCAUAAGCGUAUUUACUUGAUGGGGUUCUCCUUGGGUGGUGCUAUAAUUGCCAAUUACUUGGGUCAAGAAGCUGAUGCGGUUGCACCACAAAUUAAAGGAUCGGCGUUAUUUGGAACCCCAUGGGAUUUCCCUGAUUCUGCAUAUCAUUUGAGAGAAAGUAUAAUUGGAAAUCAGGUUUAUUCACCAACAAUGUGUCAAAACUUGGUCAAGUUGUUGCAACGUCAAGGUGAAUUAAUGAGUCAGUCACACGAAGUGGUUAAGCAAUACAAGUCGGAUCCCACCAAAUUUCAAUUGAAGUUUUUAGAUGAUUUUGAUGAUUAUUUUACAAGCCGAUUAUUUGGUUUGAAUUCAGCUAGUGAGUAUUACCGCUUGGCUUCACCAAUACAACGAUUGAUGAAGGUUAGAGUCCCCACUUUGAUUGUAAGCUCUAAGGACGACCCUGUGACUGGAUCUAGAUCCUUACCUUAUUCAGAGAUCAAGUUGAAUCCGUAUUUGACCAUGGUUAGUACAACCGUUGGAGGACAUUUGGGAUGGUUUACUUGGAAUGGAGGCAGGUGGUAUACAUCUCCCAUCUGUCAGUACUUGCAAGAGUUGGAUAAGUGGGAUGUUGAUAAAAACAGUAUUGAUAAGGAUGUGGAUUUGCCAAUGGAUAUCUCUCGUAGUUGGAAAUACGAUAGAUUGGUGGAUGAUAUGUUGGUGGGGUAG